GUGUGUUAUAUUUGCAUGUCCCGAUCUACUGUUUUCAAAGUUUCGAAGUGGCUCAUUUUUAUCAAAGAAGUCCUCAACUUCUCCGGUAAUUUAUUAAAAAGUUUGAUACAAGAUACAUCCUGCACAACCUCACCUGUGGUAUGGACGAGUACCGUUUUCCUCAAUUAUUGUAGGUGCAGUGGUGCAGAGGUAUCAGAAUUUCUAGGACUGUGCCCAUUCACAAUAAAUAUGAAAAUGACUGAUAAUUCUUUGCCCAGCCCUAUUGAUCUAAGUGUCCCGAAAUCAACCAGCUUCGGUUCAGAAAUAACUUGUAAUCCCCGAAACUCAGUGAAUCCUAUAAUUUCUCCACAUUACUCGAAGGAAGCACAACUGAUUUAUAGUUUUAAUAAAUACGCUACAGCGAAACCUAAUUUCAAUCCUACUGAACAUUGGCUGCUACGAACAGAAUCCAUUCCCUCUGAUCCGGUAAAAAUGAACAGGAUCAUCGAAGGAUCGAUGCCAUCAGAUAACUCUUCUAGAAGUCCUCAAGUAUUGGAGCCGACAAAUAUUCAAAGCAAUCCAUUGAAAGAAAAUUUCGAAAUGAAAAAUAUUAAACGUAGAUCUUCAAACUGUUCCACAUCGAGCUCCUUGUCGAAUUUUAGCAAUGACUCAAAUAACAAUGAAAAUGUGGUAUUAGAAAAAUCGACUACAAAGAAAACUGAUGGAAGACUAUCACCACAGAAAAAGAAAUCAAGGACAACCAUUUUUGAAAAUAAUGAAGGAGCAUUUUUGAAAACGGAAAUAUCUACCCCAGAACAAUCGAGACUAGGUCCUUCUCCAACAUCUUCCUGCGCAAGCGAAAUAGAUCACUGUGACUCAAGUGGCAGAUACACAUCAACACGCCCCUUCAAAGUUAUAACUAGUGGAAUGAUUAUAGAUCCGAUUCCAUUAAAAGGCCCUUUGGGAGACUUUGAAACCUUCAGACAAAAUAUCUUGUCGAAAGUGGGCUCCAAUAGAUCGACCAAUAGCAAUAUGCGAAGACAAGGGAAUACAGCUAAUACUCACAUAACUGACCCAGCAUAUUGGGAAAAACGUAAGAAAAACAACGAAGCAGCAAAACGUUCGAGGGACGCCAGAAGGAGGAAAGAAGAUGAAAUAGCUAUAAGAUGUGCUUAUCUGGAGCAAGAGCGAAUACUUAUGCUGCAAGAAAAUAGAAUGUUAAGAGAAGCACUGGAAAAAUGCCACCAAUUCGGAUUCAUUCGAUAGAAAAUUUAAACGAUCUUCUCUGGAUUGUAUCAAUUUUCAAAUUAAUGGGCUAGGAGUCAUACGCUGCUUAGAUGAGUCAAUCAUUAGGGCGUUUCAAAAAAAAAAUAUAUAUUCUUUCUCGGAACCACGCUCAAAAGUUUUGUUUGAAUGCCAAAAUAGGCCUUUGAAAAUAUGAGCCCUUAAUAUUAAUGUUUAAUAUAAUUUAUACAAUGGCACUUUUCGAUUUCCCAUAAGAAUAACACAGGAAAAAAAAAUUCUUUAACAUACCAAAAAUAAUUAAUAUUAUUAAUUAUUAUUAAUAUUAUUGAUUAAUAAUUAAUAAUUAAUUAAUAAUAAAAGUUAACAGGUUUUAAAACAAUCUGAAAGUUUAUUUCUAAAUUCUCAGAGUUAAAAAAAAUCCUAUUGAACAAUUGAUGCUAAUUUUCAAAAAUUAGAAUUUUCAAAAGAGUUAACUGUCAUUGAUAAUUUGUUUUAAGUACCCCGUCUAUCAUUACUAUACAGGAUGUC